ACGAAAGCUGCGAGUAGUUCCUACCGGCAUAUCUUGUUUACUUUCAUUCGUUACGUCGCCAGCCUUUUUUAUAUGGCUACCUAAUUGUCUCUGUGUUUUUAUUCUGUUCAGGACUACGUAAUCUUUUUAUUAUUAUUAUUAUUAUUAAUUUUUAUUAUUUUCCAUCAAAGAGCCUGUUCAGCAGUCAUCUUCCAUUCAAUAAGCGUUUAUUGGUUCUAUCAAUAUAUGGUUUUAGUAUUUUACACGUUAUAUUAAUUGUUUAUUAAAUAAUAGUCACUCGUUGCACCGCUGUCGCUUUUGUCCCAUCGAGUCCUGAACAGAAGCCGUUCAUGCCAGAUCUGCAGCGCUUUAGCUUUCCGUACAGUAUGAACCCGCUCCUGGGCCAGAGCUUACCUACUGCUCAUGCGCAUCCGCACAGCCACCCGGACUCUCCCACCUCUGUGUUCCCGGAGGCUCUCCUGGCUCCACACGCCGCCUCCAUUCUCCACCUCGGUGAGCAGCCCGGACUGAUCGCGGACGGUGUUUCCCAGAGCGGGUUAGUUUACCUUCCCCUCGGGCCUUCCUCUCUGCACCGGGCCGUGCCGCCACCCCCUGCAGCCAUGGCCUUACGCAACGACCUGGGCUCCAACAUCAGCGUCCUGAAGACCCUCAAUCUGCGCUUCCGCUGCUUUUUGGCUAAAGUGCAUGAGCUGGAGAGGCGAAACAAAAUCCUGGAGAAACAGCUGCAGCAGGUGCUGGAAAGCAACGAGCUCGCCUGCGCUGAGAGCAAAGACACUGGGGUGCAGACCGGCUUUGUCGGGCCCAUCCCCCUGCAGUCUCAAAACACCAACAAUUCCGCGAAGAGACCGACUACUUUAUUCACACCCUCGCUUACGACUGUGCUAAAACUUGAACCCGACGACAAAAGUCGGGCUUCAGCUUAUGAUUCAAGCAUUAACUCGGCUGUCAGCUCGUGCGCUCCCAGCAAAGCGGCCGCGGCCAACACUAAUAACUCCAACAACGCGCCUAAUCUGAACGCCGCUGCAGGGAGAACCGGACCCAAUCCGCCUAACCGCUUUCUACCCGGCACUAUCUGGUCGUAUAGUCCCAGCCGGAAGUGGCCCGCGAACUCGGAACCGCGGGCGAUCACCAGCCCCGGAGUGUCCUGGGUGCAUCCGGACGGAGUCGGAGUGCAGAUCGACACCAUUACUCCGGAAAUCAGAGCCCUCUACAACGUCCUGGCCAAAGUUAAACGGGAGAGGGACGAGUAUAAACGCAGAUGGGAGGAGGAAUACACCAUGAGAGUGGAACUUCAACAGAAGGUCACAGAUUUACAGGAGGAGCUGCAGGAGAGUGAGGUGUGUCAGGAUGAGCUAGCCCUAAGAGUGGACCAGUUGAAAGCAGAGCUUGUCCUCUUUAAGGGUCUAAUGAGCAAUAACCUGAGCGAUUUGGACAGUAAGAUUCAGGAGAAGGCUAUGAAGGUGGAUAUGGAUAUCUGCAGACGCAUCGAUAUCACAGCUCGUCUCUGUGACCUGGCACAACAGAGGAACUGUGAGGACCCCAUCAAGAGCUUCCAGGUUGCCAGUCCACAGUCUUCUAUUAGCUGUCGUCCACGGAAACAGACAAUCCAGCCUGCUUAUGGCAGUGAGACCGAUGAACCGACUAGCACCUCAGAAAGUGAUGGAGGUGGAGUGAAAGAGGAGAAUGUAGGCACCACUUCAGCUACUCAGAUUAAUGAAGAGAUGCAGAGGAUGUUAUAUCAGUUGCGUGAAUGUGAGUUUGAUGAUGACUGUGACUCUUUGGCAUGGGAAGAGACUGAAGAGACCCUGCUGCUUUGGGAGGAUUUCCCAGGAUGCACUUUGACAACAGACCCCAGCCAUGGUGAGCAGGAGGAGUGUCUUGAGAAAGUGAUCAAAGAUACAGAGUGCCUUUUUAAGUCUAGGGAGAAAGAAUAUCAGGAGACCAUUGACCAGAUUGAGUUGGAGCUGGCCACUGCAAAGUCUGACAUGAACAGGCACUUGCAUGAGUACAUGGAAAUGUGCAGCAUGAAGAGAGGACUGGAUGUUCAGAUGGAAACAUGCAGGAGGCUUAUUACCCAGACUGGAGAGAGUCAUUCCCCAUGUCCUGGGCCUGGUGGAGGCGUAGAGAUGAACGAUGGGUCAGGAACAGAGAAGACUGUAGAGGGAGGAAGAUAAUAGUGAACCACUUGAUAAAAACAAAGGGACAAGAGUUGUGAAGUUUAUCUUAUCUCACUGUUAAAUCUAAGCCAUAUUUACCCCACAGGUUCAGGUGCAACACUGUUGAACUCAUGCUUCUCCCAAUAAAUAGACUACUUAGACCUAAGACCACUAAUUAUUAAAAAUAAAUCAGGGGCCAAGUGAAAUCAAAGGAAAUUACCUCAUAGGAGUCACCUGAUUUUCUUUUUUGCAAUGAGGUGAUGUUGACUAACCCCCUGAUGAUAGUAAUUAAGAUUGAUAGACCUGACCAGGUACAAACAUUUGCUAGGUAUAUAAAUAUACUUAUAGAGAGCGCGAGAGAGAGAGAGAGAGAAAAGAUAUAUAAUAGUUGUCUUUAAACGACACAGUAAUCUUGCAGCAUUAUCUGCAAAUUCAGGAUCUAACCUGAGAAUGUUUUGCUCUCUAUACAACCGGCCUCAUAUAUACCUCAUCUGUAAAAUACAUUUUGCCAUAAAGGGAAAUGUACACAAAUAAUAAUGAUGAUAUCAUAUGAUCAUAGCUCUUUUUUGUGCACUGUGGUUAUGGAAUAACUUUGUACAAAAUUUUACCAUCAGUCAUAACUGUCCACUCACGCAACAUUUUAUUGAACUGAAACUCUAAUCUUCGGUCAAGCAUUAAGGAAAACAUUUUUUGUCCCUGAGAAUCAUUUCUUCAUUCCACAAUACAAAAAGGCUGGUCAAUCAAAUCAAGCAUUUUUAACACCAGCAAAGUGAACUAUACCUCAUCACAUGGCAUUCAAGAAAAAGAAGAAGAAAAAAAAACAUUACAUUUUCUUACGUUAAUAGGAGGAACUGGCUUGAACAAAUUGACCUCAGUACAGUGCUAAAAUAAAUAUUUAAGCUACGUCCCUCUAGAAUUUAACCAAAAUAGCAGACAUUACGCAGUUUGAACUACGGCCACAAGUUUCCAGAUUAAGCUAUUCUGAUGUAUAUAAUGACUCAUAAUGUCUAAAUUGACAUAGAACAUAUUGUUAAAGGAAAUGAACUUCUACAUGAUGUGUGUGGGUGUAUGCAUGUUUUGUGCUGGAGUCUGCUGCACUAAUAUGGAAUUGAAACUGCAUUCAGGUUUGUAGAACCGAAAUGCCAAAAGGGAUACAGCAUGACUGGUUGGUUUCACAUGUUCCAGCUUAAUUAAGGACACUAGGAUGCUUAUACAUAUAACCUGCAUUACUCAGGAACAGAAAACUGUAGGACUGUAGGAUGGCCAUUACAGUUGGAUUAAAAUUGAGGCAAGCUGAGGCAUCAUAAAGCCAAAACAUGCACCGCUAUGGUUCUUAUUGUAGUUAGAAUAAUAAAUGUGCCAAAUGUGAAGUAAGCAUCAGGCAAAAGGCCUUUAGCCGUACAGAAAGUCAGGCCCCAGUGCUUCCGUACAUGGUGUUGAUCUCCAUUUUGUAAAUAUUUGCUUUACUAAGGCAAAAACUAAAAAUCUGUAAUAUCUGUAUGUAAGCUAUAUGAGUAUUGUGCAAUAAGAAAAGUGCGAAUGGCUCUUAAUGUAAUGUAACUGACAACGCAGUAGGUUUAAAACAUAUUCAGAUUUGCUUUGUCUCCAAAACAUGUUUUUGUCCAUUUUUAGCUUCUGUCCUCUUAUCUGGUUCUGUUUUCACUCUUUCUUUAAGUCAUCACUUUCUUUUAAAAGCAGAUUCCCUAUUUAUGUCCUGUUAAAAGUUGUUUUUUGUGUAUAAAGAUGUCCUAAUUUGAGUAAAGGUUUCAGACAUCUACUUUGUAUGGCUUUGGAGAAAUCUAGCUUGCAAUCUUGUGCUUUUUAGUUGUUUAAUACCUUAAUACUCAUACAAAAAGAAAAGUAUGACUCUCGUUUUGUUCAAAAACUCCCUUUUUUCCCUUUUCAAUUUAUUUGUUGCCUCAAAUUAUUUCUCUGUUUGUGUGUGUGUGUGUAUAUGAUCUGAUUUGCUUUUUUGUGUGAUUACAUCCUUCACCGGGAACUUAUUUGUUGUUUACUGAAAAAAGGAAAGCCAUUUAGUGGUUUUAUGAUCCUGAAUGUCUGUAGCCAAAUUGGUGUGCAGAUGUUUCAGUUGUCUCUUGUAAAAGUGGACGUUGUGUUUAAUAUUAGUACAGCAUUUAAACCAGCUUUAAAGGUAUCAGCUACUUUUCAGAAACAACAAGUAAUUUCCCUAGGGUGUGUUUACCAAAGUUUAAACAUGUAAUGAUAAAUCAAAAAGCUAAGAAAAAAUAAGAAUGCUUAUUAAAAUGUUGGUAUGACUGCUAUGUUGUAACCUAGAGGAAACCAGUAAGGGUAUUUAGUAUUAAACCUAUGACAAUUCAUGUGAGUCCACUAUCCCUGUCAGAAGACUCGUUCACUUUAAUGUGCAGUAUUGGUAGCAAAAUGAAUCUGUUGACGAAUUUGGCUAUAAUAUCUGGAAUGUUUAGAAAAAAAUUCAAAGUUAGCUGCAUAGCAUCUGAGAAAGCACUUUAAUAAACCCUUGAUUAUGAUGCUUAAAGGAAUGUCAAAGGGUAAGUGUCUUAUUGGCAAACCAUACUGCAAUGUUUUGAUUAAUUUCAAUCUUUUGACAGGGUGGAUGGACUCAUUAACCUGUAUGUAUCUCAAGGUCAAACAUGAAUUGCCUGCUUUACUGAGUGCUGAAAGACUGGAGCUUUGAGAACACUUGAAAAAUAAAAGAUAAUGCUA